AACAUUUGCAAAUACAAAUUGUGAUUAGCCCAGUCUUGUGUUUCUGUAAAAUUCACUUUUUUUGUUACACCAGGACUUCAAAAAGCUUCGUGAAGAAUAUAUACCAGAGGUAAUUGGUUGAAAAAAAAGUUUUUUUUCUCUCGCGCCCUCAACUUGUACUUGGGGCACCCUCACUGAAGUUAAUACUCUGUAAAUGGAAGUUGGGAGAUGUGGCGUCAGGAGGAGGAUUAUUGGAGGAACUCUGUGUGCGACAUGAAAGGGGAGGGCGCUGUGCUGCUCUGACCCCAGCUCCAGGUUGUUGGUGCCGCCACAGCGAGAGGAUGAAGGAGGACAGGAGCACACGCAGCAUCUGUGGGGACAUCCUCCGGUGAAAGCGAGUUGAGCUCCUGGUUCGGCCAGCGGCACUCUGCACAAUGGGAGACCGCCUGUCCUCCGAGGAUUGUCACAAUAACAAAUCCAGCACCAUCCUCUUUGUUAAUCCUGCAAACGGGGUAAGUCCACAUGUGCCUCAGCAAGAGUUCUCUGAGCAGUGGGUGAUAGGGAUGGGCACAGUUAUGGCCAGCAUCGUCCUGAUCAUAGUCCUCGGCAACCUCUUGGUGGUCUUUGCCAUCGCCAGAAACCAGCGGCUGCAGACGCUAACCAAUGUUUUUAUUGUGUCUCUGGCCUGUGCAGAUCUGAUUAUGGGCUUGUUGGUGGUGCCUUUCGGGGCGACCUUGGUCGUUCGAGGUAACUGGUUGUACGGCUCGGUUUUCUGUGAGAUCUGGACUUCGGUCGAUGUCCUGUGUGUGACGGCGAGCAUCGAAACUUUGUGUGUGAUCGCCAUCGACCGCUACGUGGCGAUCACUUCCCCGUUCCGCUACCAGAGCUUACUGACUAAAGCCCGAGCUCGGGCCAUCGUGUGUGUGGUGUGGCUCAUCUCUGGCCUCAUCUCGCUGUUGCCCAUCAUGAUGCACUGGUGGAGGGAUGACCAGCCCGACGCCAUCCGCUGUUACAAUGACCCCUGUUGCUGUGACUUUGUCACAAACAAAGCCUACGCCCUGGCUUCCUCCAUCAUCUCCUUCUACCUGCCUUUACUCAUCAUGAUCUUCGUCUAUGCCCGCGUCUUUCAAGAAGCCAAGAAACAAAUGAAAAAGAUUGAUAAGUGCGAGGGCAGGUUUUACACCAGUCACUUCAUCCCAAACGGCAGGUCAGCUCGGAGGAGACCCUCCAAGAUUAUAGCCAUUAAGGACCACAAGGCGUUGAAGACUCUGGGGAUUAUUAUGGGAACCUUCACCCUCUGCUGGCUGCCCUUUUUUCUGGCCAAUGUUGCGAAGGCGUUCCGGGCUGACAUCGUGCCUGGCAAACUCUUUCUGUUUUUCAACUGGCUCGGCUAUGUCAACUCAGCUUUCAACCCCAUCAUUUACUGCAAGAGCCCAGACUUCAGAGCCGCCUUUAAGAGGUUACUGUUCUGCCCCGGCCAGGCAGACAGUAACAGACUGUGCUCGGGCUCCGGAGAGUUCUCCCGGUGUUCGGGCGUAUUUGGCAACACCCUGGACCCCAGGAGCCUGGAGACUUGGUCAGAGUGGAACAGCUGCCAGGAGGCGAACGGGGGCAGUUUGGAUCGGCACCUGGGGGAGAGCCCUGAAGACCAGGAGUCCCAGUUCUAGGCGCGGGUGGACCGAAACAAAAACAAAGUCGUUGGAAAAGCUCGGCAGGUCUGGCAGCAUCUGUGCAGAGAAAUCAAGAGUUAAUGUUUCGGGUCCAGCGACCCUUCCUCUUUCGGUUUUUAUUCAGCUUCUAAACAGAGGUCGGUGGGGGGGAAAAAGGCGUUAGAGACGAGACAGAGCAGUCAGUGCGGGCUGCCUCAGUACAUCAUUGUAGGAAACACGCACUGAACCCAGCAGACUAAUUCGCGGCGGAUUUCUUCCAUAAGCGAUCGUUUCCCGCAGUUCUGAAGAACGGAAGGCCAAAGUAGAUUAACACUAAGGUUUGAAUUCGGAGCAAUCACAGACUGCAGAAGGGGACAGGCAUUUCCGAAAUCCGCUGAUUUUCAUCAGACUAACCAAGAACCCACCAUCACGAAUGGUAUAUCCUGGUUAAAUCACAUUCCAUGGUCAAUGGCAAUUUCCAACGUGCAUUAAAGAGGAGCUCUCCGUGAACGCUGCUAUUUACAUCAACAAUCGCCUUGUCCCCAGAAUAGCGGAUUGAAAGGACUUAUUAUUUUCAACGUUUUGGAUUAUGUUAAAGAGAAACCACAAGUUUCAUUGUAAAACAAUUUGAGUAAACAAAGGUCCACAUGUCUAAAAUAAAAGAUUUCAGAUUUUUCUAACAGCUGGUCAUGACCGACGCCUCGUAUCGGAGUGGUCCAUUCCGAGCAGUCCAUCCUCAAGCCAUGGAUCAAGGUGUUGCUGCCAAUUUGAUGAAACCCCUCUCUCUCACUGUAAGACUGUGUUUUGAAUAACACUACCUCCAGCUGUACAGAUUAUGUACAGAUCUAUUUAUAUUAAACAUUGUUUAUAUUAAACAAAUCGCAUUUUAUAUAUUUAAAAACAGACAAAGCGACGCGCAACCUCAGUUGACCGGUAAAGAGAUGAACGAACAGGGGUCUGUUACUUAUUUAAAUAAUUUAAAUUCCACAGGACCAACUUCACCUGCACUUUCCUAAGUGUUGAAAGUUGGUAUUUCUCAGUACAAAGAUUGUGUGCGCCACGUUGUAACUAUGAUGAAUAUUUUACAGCUCAUCUUAUAUGGACAGAACCAAACAAAAAUAAAACGCCCGGUAACUUUUCGAAAACGAAACGAAUAGGUACAGAAAAGGGAACUCGUGUUGAAUGAUGAUGUACUGUAACGUUUACCUGAUAAACCAAAAAAAAAGCGUUUCCACCCCGCGUUAUGAAAUUCACGUUCAGCUGUGAGUGAUGUAAUUGUCACAAAGUCUGCUUUCUCGCACAUAUUUAUAUAAAACGCAGCCCAAUACAAUGUGUGGAUAUUUGGUAUAUGUGCAAUAAACAUCAUUUAACAGUACA